CGACGUCGUCGCUUAGCAGGGGUCUAUCUCCUCCUCGUCCACGCUGUCUUCUAAUCUUGUUCACUCCCAGCAUAGCUCAGUAGAGUCAAGAACACAGAGCUUCCUCUUCUCUCUCGCAUUGCAGAACAACAACCGUUUUGAGGAAUAUGGAAAUCUCUAGCAGCCAUAACAGCAGUAGUAGCAUGAUGUGGUUUUUCAAGGACAGAGGGUUUGAUGAUAACAGCAUACAAGGCAUGUUCCGAAAAUGCAAGCGCCUCGAGGUUGUGCAUCAGGAGAAAGCCAAUGAGAAUUGGGAGUAUUUGAGAAGCAUUGGAAUUCAAGAAAGGAAAUUGCCCUCAAUUGUUUCGAAAUGCCCUAAGAUUCUCGCGUUGGGUCUCAAUGAGAAGAUUGUGCCCAUGGUUGAGUGUCUCAAGACACUAGGUACAAAACCCCAUGAAGUUGCCUCUGCCAUAGCCAAGUUCCCUCACAUACUCUCUCACAGUGUGGAGGAGAAGCUUUGUCCCCUUUUGGCAUUCUUUCAGGCGCUUGGCGUGCCCGAAAAGCAAAUCGGUAAAAUGAUACUGCUGAACCCUAGACUUAUCAGCUACAGCAUUGAAACAAAGAUGGCAGAAAUUGUGGACUUCCUUGCUGGCCUUGGUCUCAAUAAAGAUGGAAUGAUUGGAAAAGUUUUAGUCAAGGACCCGUAUAUUAUGGGUUAUAGUGUCGAGAAAAGGCUCGGCCCUACUUCACAGUUUCUGAAGUCAAUUGGUCUGGCUGAGAAGGAUCUUCAAGUGGUGGCUAUGAACUUCCCAUCAAUUUUGAGUAGAGAUGUGAACAAGCUUUUGGUUCCCAAUCACGCUUAUUUAAAGAAAUGUGGAUUUCAAGACAGACAGAUUGUCGAUUUGGUGGUUGGAUUUCCUCCUAUCCUGAUCAAGAGCAUCCAGAAUUCUUUGGAACCGAGGAUCAAGUUCUUAGUAGAUGUAAUGGGGAGACAAGUUGAUGAAGUCGUUGAUUACCCUUGCUUCUUCCGGCAUGGUCUAAAGAAAAAAUUACAAUUGCGGCACAAGUUUCUGAAGCAGAGGAAUUUAAGUUGUAGCUUGAGUGAAAUGCUGGACUGUAAUGAGAAGAAGUUCCAAAUGAAGUUUGGAUUGUAAGCAGGAUAUGCCUUGAGUAACUAGGUCUCAUCCCUUUUAAUUUGUUUAUGAUUUUCAUAAUUAGUUAAAUAGUACUUUCGCAUUUAUAUCCUCUCAUGUGGAUUGCCUUAUCUAUCACAGUUUGUGUUAUUCCA